CGGAGGCAAAGGGCGUGGGAUAAAGUUUGUCAGCCUACGACGCGAUUUCCCUAUAAGAAAAAUUGCAGCGGGCUGUCUUGUCACCCACUAUCCCUUGGCUGUGGAUCGACGUCGGUCGGUCGGUCUCAACCUCGCCACAACUUCUGUCUGUUUGGGUGCGGCUCAUCGUCAGCGACAGCGUCGACGUCGACUGAGAUCAAUCUCCCCUUUUUCUCUUAGAAGCUCGCAGCAGCAGUCUUGAGGCAAGGCGGCCACUCUUCAAUUCGAGCCAGCUCCCUCACCGCGCCACCAACCGGGGCUCCGUACAAAAGGCACGCCUUCGCUGAGCGUUAGCCACCCAUCGUCCCCUUCUGUCUUCGCUUUCUCUUUCUCUCUUCUCUGUCUCCAGUCGUAUCUGCCUGCAUUCUGGAUUCGUUCACGACAAACUUUACGACUCUUUUUCCUCUUCCUCUGUCCACCUCGUCGUUCAAGGCGACUUCCUAGGCUAGGGAUCAGAUUGUUUUUUCGCGUCUUCUACGCCGGACAGUCCCUUCUCGGUCUUGCUACACCGAUGCCAGUUCCUGUUCCAACCCACAACAACGCCCCCGCCCACCCCGUCAUCAAGUCCCACAAGCAUGGCGAACUCGCUAACUAUCAGUCAGUCGACCUUCGCCAUUUAAAGCAUACACAUUCUAUCGCUUCGUCGAGGCCACUUUCUUUCGACAGUCGAGAGGGCUGGACAGGUCCAUCGCCGCCGUGGAAUAGGUUCAAUGCGCCCAAGGUUUGGGAGAAAGAUACGUUUCUAUUGGGCAAUUACUCUUUUACCAACGGGUUGGCUUUCGCGGACAACGUGGAUGCUAUUAAAGGAGAGCGCGCUGACGCGUGCAUUCCGCCCUCCAAGGUCUCUCGGCCAAUGUUUGGGGCGCACCCACCCUGCUCUUGUGGAGGAUGCCGUCGAGAGGAUGAGAAAUGGUGCUACGGGUUUGGUGGAGGGUUGAUCAAAGUCACGGACAGUUAUCUUGAAGGAGAUAUGGAUGAGGAUGAAGAGCUUCCCGCAUACACUUCGUUUCAAGAUGUGUCUCCCGGCUUUGUCCAGGAUUGCGACAUGCCCUCCAGUUCUCCCGGCCCCUUGACUCCUUUUGGUGACUUCAUCGAUCGUGCUGCGACCACACAGCCUCCAACUAGUGCGGGAUGGUUCGCCCCGCAAAUGACCAACGUUGAUACACAUGGUUCUGUGCAUCACCAGUCUGCUGGAUAUCGGGAACCCCCUUGCGAUGCUCAUGACCUAGCCAAUGCCGUCACCGACGCAUUUUCGCUCGCCAGCACGGAGAACCUCUCCUCGAAUGUGACCUGCAAAAAGUUGGCGGGACCCUUCGCGGAAUGGCUAGUGGGGUAUGUAUGGAGAGUCUGCACCAAUAGUAUUCAUCUUCCUGCAUCGGUUGCAAAGUACCCUCCUCCCGCUGCUGCUCAAUGUCAUGACCAGUACCCUUCGUGGCUAGCAGGAACGGUCCAUUCCGUGCUGUUGUCCACACUUCUUCAACCUUCCGCCGUCCUUUUGUCGCUUUGGUACAUUGCCCGCCUUCCGGUUUUCCUGGGCGUUGGUGGCUUUGGCCCAGAACACGUUAAAGAGCUGCGGUUCAGGUCUGAGCUGUUCGGCAACCCUGGGAUGUCUAAGGAUUCGCCUACGGCAAGCCCCAUCUUUAGACUCAUUAUCCUAGGCUUUAUGUUCGCGAACAAGUGGUUGGAUGAUCACACCUUUUCCAACAAGACCUGGCAUUCGAUUACAGGUAUCCCUGUCCAGUCCAUCAACAAACUAGAGCUGCUGGCUCUGGGAAUUCUCAACCAUGAUCUAUCUGUGCCUCGUGAUGAGUGGAAACAAUGGCUUCAGCAUCUACUCGUAUAUCACCAUGGUCUAUCAACUUCAUCGUUCCCUCAGCCCAUCUCCCGGCCAUCGUCCAGCCCUCAGUCGAUUCUCCGAAAGGCAAUGGAAGAAAUAUCCGCUGUUUCCAGCAGUGCAGACGUCGUCCUUCCUGCAUUCAUUGGUCUAGAACAUCGCCGGGCUGAGAAGAAUACUGACGUCACCACGACCUCGGUUGAAGGCUACGAAAUUGAUCUGGAUGAGGAUGGUCCUCUUCGGGCCGAAUAUCUGCCAAAACGUCGCUCCAUUCGCCCAGGUAUGGAGGCGGACCACGCUCUAGACAUGGCUGUCAAGCAUGAACCUAUGCCGUUAUUGCCGCCGCCAGCCCGAUGGAGUCCCGCCGGUGACGAGCCACUGCAGCAAAGGAACCGCAUCAGCGGUCAGUACGCGGCAGUCCAGCCCUCCAUUCAUCUCGUGCCCGCUGCUGCCGCGUUUCCUGUAUGGUCGUCAGCGAUGGUGUACAUGCCCGCUCAGCCACCAGUAAAUUUUGGCUACGACCCGACGUAUAUGCAGGCUCCGCUGCAGCACCAGUUUUCCUGUGACGGGGCACCCCGGCUGGCCCACCAACCGCUUUUCAGCAAUGCGUCCAACGUCCCGCCUUAUAGUCAUGCUAGGACUAUGUCGCAGCCUCCUUACGAGUAUCCUCGCAAUAUGACCCUCGAAGGUUCUCAACAAGGUUUCCAGCCAUACCAGCAGGAGUCUAUGUGGCCUCGCCCCGAGUCAUUUGGCUUCGCCCCUCCCUAUAGGCCAUUCCCCGCUCAUCCAAACACGACCGCCCAGUCGACCUGGUCUCGUGCUUAAACUGGCAUCUCAGUCUCCCUCUCCAUAGACUUUACAUCCACUCGCAAUAAUGAUUCCUGGCUCCCUGUAGUUGCCUCUUGGCGACGAUUCUUCAUUCUCUAGCUCGUGCAUUUCGUCUCGUCCCCUGUGAAUAAUGGAUUUUCGCUGCGGCAUUGUAAUAUGUUUUCUCUAGGUCCCUCCCUCCAUCCGAGACAUAUCCAUCCCGUCUCUGGGUCCUUCGAGCUCUUGUCGAUUGUCUAUUUACUUCCCAUCUCAACCCUGCAACGCUGCUAUUUAUUCCGUCUCUUGCAGACCUCCUGCUGCUGUCAGCAGAGCUUUGUUAGGCACGGCAGUGGCUGCCGAUAUCCCUGGACACUCCUCUCCCUCAAUACCUCGCGUUCAUGGAUUGAACUUUACGGCUGUCGAUCCGUUUGUUGGUGUAUCAAGCUUUCCUCUCCAGCUUUUCAUACCUCACGUUGCCUACACUAAUACACCUUUACGACUAGUUCUCGAAUUCUUUUCUGGCUUCGGUACCUCCCUCUUGCUACGCUCUUUCUUCAUAGCAACGAAACCGCAUUUUAAAAAAAAAAACGAGAAAAGGACAAAAGACAUAAAAACAUUCAUCUAUUCUCCUCUUACAGCGUAUUUCUGCCGCCAGUUUUUUACACCAGCUUGGCCAUUUUUACGUCCGCUCUGUCCUUUCGCAGGACAUUUCUGCUUUGCCUCCGCCUUUUUUUGCUCGUAGGUGGGUCUGCUUAGCAAUUCGUACCCCCCCGCCCAGUUCGUCUGGGCUACCAGUGUGUUCACAUAGUGUUCUCGGCUGUGCAUUCUUUUGUAGUUACUGGUUCAUAUGUACUCCGGAAAUGCCAUCACCUUGCCUUGAGA